GUCACGCCAAAGAAUUGUCAACAGAAUGGAUUGCAUGAACUUCAGAAGAUUGCUCAAAGGUUUGAAGAGAAGAUUUUUAGUGCUGCAACAAGCCAAUCUGAUUAUCUACGGAAAAUAUCAUUGAAGAUGCUUACAAUGGAGACUAAAUCCCAGGGCGGCAUGGCCAACGCUCCAAAUCAAGGUGGUCCAAGUAAUAAACCUCCCGAUCCAGUUCAUUGGAGGAUGUGCAAGAGAUGUGGCAACAUGAGGCGAUUGGCUUGCUCCACCUGCAAAGGAACCAAGUCUAUUAGAGAAGAGGGAUUACUUGGUACGAAGCCUGUUAAGGAUUUAUUUGAAACACUUGAUCACACUGAAUCACAGGUCAAGCAGAUAACAUGUGUAAAAUGUGAAGACAAAGCCAUUGGCAAGUGCAUUGGACUUGCUAAACAUAGAGAUGGUCAUUGGGAGUUGGCAAUUGCCCCAGGUGUCUCACCAUCAUUAAGAAAUCAGCAUGCAGCGAAUUUUGAUGAUGUCUUGAUUCCUGAAGACCAUGUAAGUAGGAGCUAUAAUGACACUUACUAUGUAGACCCUCAGACUGUUUUAAGAUGCCACACAAGUGCUCAUGAGGCAGAAUUAUUGAGAAGUGGUCACACUCAUUUCCUUGUUACAGGAGAUGUUUAUCGUAGGGAUUCAAUUAUUUGCAGCAACAGACUUAAAGAAAUGCCUUGAGGGUCUAGCAAGUCAUUUAUUUGGUAUUUUGAAAUGUUUUCCAAGGGUCAAUUGGGAGUCAAAUUUAAGCCAUUUUCAAAGUAUCCUCCUUGUUACAAGGACAUGAGUUUCUGGAUCAGUGAAUCAUUUACUAAACAAUCUAUGUGAAGUGGUCAGAGGGAUAGCAGGGGAUCUCGUAGAGGAGGUGCGGUGAGAAGCAAUAAAAAAGAAACAAAAGUGGAACAAAUAAUUAUGUUCUUCAGAUAAGACUUUCUUUCGAGGUGAAAUAACUUUUGAGGUAGCAUCUUUGCAGUGGAAACCUAAAGGAGACUUGAAACCUUAGCGAAAGAGACAAGAAAAGGAUGAGAGAAACACUUGGAAAGAAAAAGAUGCACACUUUUUAUUUAUUUGAGUUGUAACUUUUACUUGUUUUACUUCUUGUAAUUUUGGCUUAAUUAGGUGUCUUGGGGGAGCCUUUGGUGUUCAAUCACAUCUCUUAAUUAGAACCUUAAUUUCUUAUAGUGAAGCGCAUCUUAGUUGGUAAGUGCUUUGAAGGUUCUAAGUGCCUUCUAGUCUUUCCAUUAGGCCGCAUAGUUUAGCUUAUUUGCUUUUCUUUUUGCUUAAAGUUUAGGGCUUUCAAACGUAAUUUCUUUUGACAAGUUUGGUGCAAGAUGAUAAAGGGGAGUUUUUCAAUCUUUGAAUUUUUCUUAAUUUAAAAUUAAUUCAUCUUUCUCAAUUUCAAUUUUUACUAAGACUUUUUCAAAUUCACUUCCUCUUUAAACUCUUGACUAGACUUUUCAAAAUCACACUUUGAGUUGUUACCUUCUAGGUUACAAUUAGCUUAAAGUAGAAAAGGCAUUUUUGUGAAGUGCCUUAAUUAAAAUAACGUCUUCUUUUAUUCUUUCAUUUAG